CGUUCGCCAGUUAGAGCGCUCUAGAGCCUCUCAUCCUCUGCAGCGACACUCCACACCAAACCCCGCCUCUCCGUCCCUCUCAUCGCCAAUACCAGAGCGCGCGCACGCGAGAGAGAGAGCGAAGCGACUGUCUAAGAAUUCAACGAAGAAGAGCGAAGCCAAACAGUUAUUUUCUUAGCCAGCAAUAUAGAUGGCGAUUAUACCUUCUGGAAGUACUUGGGUUGCUCAAUGGGGUAUUCGCCCUCAAUGCAUGCUGAGGUCCUAUGUCACAAACAAGAUCCCUACAUCCCGGUAUUGUACUACAGGCAAGAUAAGCUAUUUGUCAGCAUCAAGUUCAAGCUUAUUUUCUCGGGGUUCCUUAAAUGUGCUAUCAUAUCCGGGGACAUCUCAAAGUUCACAUCGUAGUAGGCUAGCUCGUUUCACAGUCAGAGCAGAUUCUGAUUACUAUUCGGUUCUUGGGGUGUCAAGAAAUGCCAGUAAAUCUGAAAUUAAAAGCGCUUAUCGGAAGCUGGCUAGGAGUUAUCAUCCAGAUGUGAACAAAGAGCCUGGGGCAGAACAGAAAUUCAAGGACAUUAGCAAUGCGUAUGAGGUUCUGUCAGAUGAUGAGAAAAAAUCUCUAUAUGAUAAAUAUGGAGAAGCUGGACUUAAAGGUGCUGGCAUGGGCAUGGGGGAUUUCAGCAAUCCUUUUGAUCUAUUUGAGUCAUUAUUUGAAGGCAUGGGUGGUAUGGGUGGCAUGGGUGGCAUGGGGGGCAGAGCUUCUAGGAAUAGAGCGGUUGAUGGUCAGGAUGAAUAUUACAAUCUUGUCUUAAACUUUAAGGAGGCAGUUUUUGGGGUCGAAAAGGAGAUUGAGAUAAGCCGACUAGAGAGCUGUGGGACUUGCAAUGGUUCAGGUGCUAAACCAGGGACCAAGCCAUCCAAAUGUAGCACGUGUGGUGGGCAAGGCCAGGUUGUCUCAUCAGCAAGAACCCCAUUAGGUGUCUUUCAGCAGGUAAUGACAUGCUCUUCUUGUGGUGGGACUGGGGAACUGUCUACCCCUUGCAACACAUGUUCUGGGGAUGGCCGGGUAAGAAGGACAAAGCGGAUCAGUCUGAAAGUUCCGGCUGGUGUGGACGCUGGCAGCCGUUUAAGGGUCCGAAGUGAAGGUAAUGCUGGAAGGCGAGGUGGGUCUCCGGGUGACCUCUUUGUAAUUAUUGAGGUUAUGCCAGACCCUGUACUUAAACGUGAUGACACAAACAUUUUGUACACCUGCAAGGUAUCUUACAUUGACGCGAUCUUGGGGACUACAAUAAAGGUUCCCACGGUGGAUGGCAUGGUUGAUUUGAAGAUCCCAUCCGGGACGCAACCAAACACGACGCUUGUUAUGGCCAAGAAAGGUGUUCCACUUUUGAACAAGAGCAACAUGAGGGGUGAUCAAUUGGUUCGCGUGCAGGUUGAAAUCCCAAAGAGAUUGAAUGCUGACGAGAGAAAGCUCAUCGAGGAACUCGCCGAUCUAAGCAAGGGCAAGACUGCAACCAGUAGGAGAUAGUUGUCUGUGGCAUCAUUUUGCAUCCAUCUAUUUAUUGCUGAUCUCAAUCAACUAUAUUCUCCCUUUGUGGUUGAACCCUGAUGGACAAAGAGGGGAAUUCAGCAGCCCUCGAUCAGUUGAACUCUGGACAGGGCAAGCAGGUGUUUGUAGCCGUAGGUAAAUUAUAUUGUGAUAAAUUUUCCCCACAUACUAAAUGACAGGAGGUAGAAAAGGAGGUGAAAAUUGAGGGUAUAUCACUCUUUCAUAAUCUGUAUUUAAACAUAGAACUUUAUUCUUUGAGAUUGAACAAAAAUUUGAGCUACAAUGUAGUCGUUUGUUUUUAUUUAAAAAUUUUGAGGAUCUCUGAUGAUAAUUGUAUCACAUUUUUAUGUUUUAAAAGGUUUUCUUUUCCUAACCUUACCAGGUUUUGGAAUUCU